CAAACAAAAAAAACCAUGCUGGAUGUUCUAGUAGUUGAAGAUUUAUUCUCUUUAUCAAAGUAUGUUUUACCACCAUAAUGACUCGUCUGUUACGAGGCCGGGUUUGGAUCAAUUAACUAUGCAGCAACGACUAUAAUCGUAUUAUUGGGAACGACAGAUUUUGACCAUCCAUUUGAAAAUUUUCCCUAUUAUAAAUACCCCCAUCGAUCCUUUCACUUUCAUUCACUCAAAUCUUAAAACCUCUUUAAAAUCGACUAAGUAAAGAAUGGGAGGGAAAGGCGGUAGCGGUGGAGGAGGGAAGGGAGGUGGUGGUGGAGGAGGGAAAGGCGGCGGUGGUGGUGGCAGUGGAGGAGGUAGGAGCGGCAUUGGUGGUGGUCAUGGAGGAGGAGGAAAAAGUGGUGGUGGUGGAGGAGGUGGCUACAUGGUGGCACCAGGGAGCAACGGAUCUUCCUACAUCUCAAGAGAUAACUUUGAGAGUGACCCUAAAGGUUACUUUGAUAAUUUGCAUGGUAGUGGACAGGGCAGCAAGUAACUUUGGUCUAUGUAUUUCACUAUCUAUGCAGUGAUCAGGAUUAUGGUUUUUAUUACCAAAUAAAUUAUCUAAUGAUCAAAUAAAAUUCAUCCUUCUUCAA